AUGUCUGAAUCAACAAAACAAACUCCAAUCCCAGAACCAGUGGAAGAAUUCAUCAAGACUUUCUACAAAGCGUUCUUAGAUAAUAAUGUUUAUGAAUUACAUGGAUGUUAUGAAAAUAAUUUUAAUAAAUUAACUGAACAAUAUUAUAAAAAUUCUCCAUGGCCUGAACCAAUUGAACAAGUUGGUCCUUUAGUCAAUGAUGAUCAAAUCUUUUUGGUGCUUUAUUCAGAAGUUUAUUAUAGACAUAUUUAUGCUAGAUUAAAUCCAACUUUAGAACAUAGAACUGGUUCUUAUAAUAAUUAUUGUAAUUUAUUUAAUUUAUUAUUAAACAGUGAAGAAGGUCCAGUUACUUUUGAUUUACCAAAUAAAUGGCUAUGGGAAAUUGUUGAUGAAUUUAUUUAUCAAUUUAAUCAAUUUUCUGUUUAUAGAUCAAAAUUAUUUUUAAAUAAAAAAUCAUCAGAUGAAGUUGAAUUAGCUUAUGUUCAAGAACAUAAUGAAGUUUGGAGUGCUUAUUCUGUCUUGAAUGCUCUUUAUUCAUUAAUUGGUCGUUCUAAGAUAGUGGAACAAUUAAAAGAUUCAAAAUUAACAAGUAAUAAUAGUAAUAAUAUUAAUUCUGAAAUUGCUGGUGAAUAUGGUUCAUUACCUUUAUAUAGAAAUUUAGGUUAUUUCUCAAUCAUUGGUUUAUUAAGAAUUCAUACUUUAUUAGGUGAUUUUACAUUAGCUUUGAAAACAAUGGAAUAUAUUGAUUUAGAUAAAAAGGCAUUUUUCACAAGAGUUCCAGGUGCUCAUUUUACAACUUAUUAUUAUGUUGGGUUUUGUUAUUUAAUGUUACAUAGAUAUUCAGAUGCUAUCAAAACUUUUUCUCAUAUUUUAUUAUACAUUUCAAGAACUAAAAACAUUAAUAAAUCAGGUCAAUAUGAUGUUGUCACCAAGAAAUCAGAACAAAUGUAUGCUUUAUUAACAAUUUUAGUUGGUUUAGCCCCAACAAGAUUAGAUGAUACUUUACAUAAUGGUAUUAGAGAAAAAAUUGGUGAUAAAUAUGUUAAAAUUCAAAGAGGUGGUGAAGAAUCUUUAUCAAUUUAUGAAGAAUUAUUUAAAUUUGGUUCACCAAAAUUUAUUUCAACUUCUGUACCAAUUGCUGAUCAUGUUAAUGAUCCAUUAAAUUUACAUUGGAAAAUUUUUUCAUUAAAAGUUAAAAAUAUUGUAUUUGUUCCAACUUUAAAAUCUUAUCUUUCAUUAUAUUCAAAAUUAGAUUUAACAAAAUUAGCAAAAUUUUUAGAAUUAAAUGAAGAUGAAUUAUUAUCAAUCUUAUUAACUUAUAAAUUAAACAAUAGACAAUUAAAAUGGAUUGAAGGUGAAUUAUUAAAUGGUGAAUAUGUUAAUGUUUAUGAUUUAGAUAUUUCUUUAGAAAAUGAUGAUGGUAAAACAUUUAUUCAUGUUAAAGAAACUAAAAAUAUUAGAAAAUUUGCUGAUUGGUUUAUUAGAAAUACUAUUAAAAAUAAUGCUGUUCAAGAUGUUAUUAGUAAUUCUGAUAAAGAAUCUUUUAAUUCAAAAGAUAAUAAUAAGAAUUCUAAAAAACAUCAAGAAAAAAAUUCUGCUUAA